AUGACGGAAAGUCCACCUCGUGACAAGUCCCAAACGCUUCCAAAUCGCCUGGCACAUGUCGAACGGAGACUUCUAUACUUGGAAACUGCUUUUCAGAAGCAGAAUGCUCUACAUGCCGACAAUAAUUUCUCUUCUACCAAUCCCGAUAACAGCCAUCAGGUGGCCUAUCUAAAUAAUCUUAUACCCCAGCACGUUUCGGACACACAACAAAGCUCCCACAGUUUAACCUCCGAACCUACGGCCAUUCGUUUUAUCAACCCGAGCCAUUGGCGAGUAAUCAUGAACAAUGCAACAAGAGAGCUUGGAAAGAGUAAUUACGAUUCAUCCGUUGAAGAGCGCACUAUUGACGUAGAGCCGAGGUCUACUACACCAAUCCUGUUAGGAUUUGUCAAAGACACAGGGAUCAAUGACCUUCUUGCAGCAUUACCACCUCGUAAGGAUGCUGACGCACUAGUAUCGUGUUGUUUCGACUCUGGUGGACCAGCAUUGAUCUACAUUCAUGGUCCUACAUUCAAAGCCGAGUACGAGGAAUUCUGGGAACGCCCCUCAACAGCCUCUCUAGCAUGGCUUGCGUUGCUGUUCGCCAUCUUUUCUUGUGGUACUUUCAUCCAACAUAGCCUAAUUCCGGGUACAGCUGAGACGGUAUUACCCCAAAUAUUUGACUUUUACCGGACAAAAUGCGCAAUAGCUUUGACCCACUCAAACUAUACCAUUCCUGGUCGCUACAAAGUGGAAGCUGCCGUGAUGUAUCUGGGCGUCGAAUACCUACAGAGCGAUGGUUUGAAGACAGGCACUUCUGUCUUGAUUGGUCUUAUCUCCCGUGUGGCGAUUAUGAUGGGGUACCAUCGAGAUCCGGAUGUAUACCCGGAGCUUUCAGUUUUCGAGCGUGAGAUGAGACGCAGGACUUGGCUUGUGUUGGUGGUUUUAGACCACCUCAUUGCCUCGCAAACAGGGCUCCUUCCAGUCAUCCAGAGAGGAUCGGGUACUGCCACAUCUCCACGUAACCUUCUGGACGAUGAUCUAGGGCCCUCGGUCACUAUUCUCCGCCCCGCACGCCCUAACACCGAAACUGCCGAUAUCUCAUUCAUGGUUGCAAUGGAGCAAAUUCUCUCCAUGGCUAGUGAAGUCACAGAUGCCGCUUCGGAUCUGAAAAUGACGGUCGAAAAAACGAUGGAAUUGAAUGAUCGAUUGGAAGCAACAUGGAAUCAGAUCUCUGCUCCCUGGAACAUGAGUUCUUUGAAUCAAGUGACGGGGGGUGACGAGGCGACAAUUCAGCGACUUUCUCUCGGGAUGACAUAUGAGCGCGCUCGUUGUAUUCUACAUCGUCAGCACUUGGUCUCCCAGAGAGGAGAUCGCGACUUCAAUGCUCUCCGCCGUGCUCUAUGGGACCGCGAAAUCAAACAGUUGGAUGAUAUCACCCAUGGGUGA